GAGGGGGGAAUGAAAUAAAGAAAACAAAAAACAAAGGAAAUGAGUCAUCCUACAACAAAUGGACUUAGAAAGGGGUGUUGGACUGAGGAAGAAGACCGGUUGCUCAGAAAAUAUGUCGACACGUUUGGAAAAGGAAGUUGGAAGCAUAUCCCUACCAAAUCAGGACUCAAUCGUUGUCGGAAGAGUUGUAGAUUGAGGUGGUUGAACUAUCUCAGACCGAACAUCAAGCGCGGCGACUUCGGUGUUGAUGAGGAUGAUCUUAUUAUCAAACUCCAUAGACUCUUGGGCAACAGAUGGUCUCUAAUUGCAGGAAGAAUACCAGGAAGAACAGCAAAUGACAUUAAAAAUUAUUGGAACUCUUGCUUGAGCAAGAAGGCAUCUACAUCAGAUAGCAAGACCACAAGCAGCUUAGAGACCCAAUCAGCCAUGAAUUUGGAGCCAUUGGAGGGUGAAUUUCAGUCCUCAUCGGAUCGAAAAACAGAGGGAGAAGAAGAAGAAGAUGAAGAGGAUACAGCAUUGUUUUGGAGAAGUCUCUUGUUAGAGGGAGUCUUGAAGGAAACUAGAAAAUUGAGUGUUAAAAUCAAAGAAAAGAAGGUUCAAGAUGAUGAUUUUUUCCAAGGGUUGGGAGAUUUGGUUCAAGACAUGGAGAUUUUGGGUGGGAGUGAAUGAGUGAAACUAACUCCAAUUGGUGCAUCUCAUAAGUAGGGGUGUAAAUUGUUUGAUCUAGUUCAGUUCUGUUCAAUUGGGAUUGAGAGAAAAUUGAGUAUCGAAUUGAAUCCUUCAAUUUUGUUGGUUGAGGACUUGAAACCAACUACAUGAUAUAGCUCGGUUUUUUCAAUUUAGUAUAAAAGAGGGAUUUACCUAAGCCAUUAACGGAUUUUAUACAUACAUGUAAAAUCCCACUAUUGAAAUAAAUGAAGCGAAAUCGUAGAAGUUGUUCUAUAAA